AUGAAAAAUCAGCAGCUUCCAGACCACCACUACCAAAGACGGUCGGGGACAAAUCUUAUCGUGAGAUUAAAUACUAGCCCAAGAUUAUCUAUUGUCCUCAUAAUCCUAUCUUAUGUCAUUCUCCUCAUCGUAUCCUACAGCUUAGGCUACUUAGUCGGCUCAUCUUUCGGUGUCAAAGACAUCACGACUUUUGUAAUCUCCAAAACAUCAGCCACCUCCAGGCACAGCUUUCCAAGUUCAUCUGAGCCUCAGUACAGCAAAUAUGCAACUCAGUGCGCUAAACAGGUUCCACCAGAGUUCGUUCGCCAGACAAUUAUUGACCGAGUUUACAAUGGCACAUCCCCUUAUGAGGACUUCAUCCCACAAAAAGUUGCUUCACCCCUCCUACCAAUCAAAAUCAAUGGGAGGGGAUCAUAUGGAAUGAUUUACCAGAGUUUAAUCCAAGAUGUUCGCCCCAGGACCAUAAUCAAGUUCAGAAGUUCUUUGGUUGUAUCUGCAACCAACAUGGCCAACUUGACAAGUCAACUAGGCUUAAAGACUCAGAUCCUCUGCUUAGAUGAAUUCCAUAGCUGGCCUGUCUUCCGAGACCUGUUUGAAGAUAUAGCUAUGCCAAAUGGUGGUAUUCUGCUUCUAAAUCAGUUCAUAGAAAAUGUGAUUACCCAAAAUGCAACAGAAUCCAUAAUGCCUGUACCCCUUUCAGCUAGUUUGACUUCAGAGAAGCUCUGUGAAUGGGGAAUCUAUGGUGACUUAAUUGAGGUUAAUGGAGGUCAUGAUUUCCACUCUGCCUGGUCAGAUAUCAACAAGGCUUACAAGCUGUUGACACCAGGAGGAAUUCUAUUUGGUCACAACUAUUUCUCAUCCUACUACGACAAAGGUGUCAGACAAGCCGUCCGAUUAUUUGCCCGAGUCAAUAAGUUCCGCGUUAAAACAGAUGGACACCACUGGAUAAUUAACUCGGCUUGA